GUAUACUUAUAUCAAUGAGGAAAGAUGGAGAAUGCAAAAGCCAGAAAAGGAGAAACAGCCUGCGGCUUCUGGCUCUUAAUGUCAACAAGGACAAUCAGGAGAGGAAAAGGUUUGCUUCAGAGGAAGCUGAUGAGAAGGAAGAAUCCAAAGGCGAAAAGUCUAGCCUACCCUCCCAAGCGAGGGCGAGGGGAAAGAGAAAGUUCCCACAUUUGGCUGCCAAACAGGUUUCUGAGCAGGAUAGAAGCAAAGUGCAGAAGCAUGAAAAAUCAUCAACAAACACUGGUGUACAGACCAAGUUGCCAGAAAAAUGUGUACUCGAGCUAAUUCUAGACAUAUUGCAAAGGAGAGAUGCGUAUGAAAUUUUUGCUGAACCAGUGGAUCCCGAUGAGGUUGCGAAUUACAAUGAUAUCAUUAAAGAGCCUAUGGAUUUCGGCACCAUGAGGGCUAAACUUCAUGAAGGGAUGUAUCAGAAUCUUGAACAGUUUGAGCAUGAUGCAUUCUUGAUCCCAGAGAAUGCUAUGCAUUUCAACUCUUCUAGCACCAUUUAUUUCAGACAGGCUAGGUGCAUACACGACCUUGCGAAGAAAGUAUUCCAUGUCAUAAGAACUGAUCCUGAAAACCUUGAAAUAGAAUUCGCGGGUUCAAGACGAAGGUCUAUGAGGAAAAUGCAAAAUGAAAUCAAAGAGCCAAAGCCAAGCCCCCAGAAAGAUGCCAAGGUUGACAAUGUUUCAAACAAUACCCUCUUCUGUUUUGGUGCACCAUCAACACUCGUAGGGAGUGAUAAAGAGAGCCAACUGUUUGCUCAAACUAAUAACAAAGAUCGUGUCUGCUUCCAAGGUAGGAACAAUGAUGAUAGUCGACGCUCCACAUACAUAACUUGGAAGUCCUCCCUUGUAAAUGAGUGCCCCAAAACAACAAUUCUUCCAAAAGAGUUGAACAUGAACUACAAAGAGAGCUUGAUGAGGUUUGUUGAAGAUUUAGGGCCCACAGCAAAGAGGAUUGCUGCCAUGAGACUACAAGCGCUCCAUCUAUAUAAUAACCCCUCAUUCCAAUCCCCAUCUUAUCAAGUUCCCACAUCAUAUGCCAAAUUCAAAUUGCCAUCCUUUUUGGACAUGAAUUCAGUAGCCGCAACAUCCAAUCCUCAAAUAGGCUUACACACCUUCACCAAUGAGACAAAGGAUACCACAAAGGAUACAUCGCGUGCAAAAAUGGACUCCAACCAGCUAGAAGAUUCAGAGAAGCCGACAAGAUCAAUGUUGCAAUAUAAAAGGAACAGAAAAGCAUCUGAAGCAACAUAUAAGAGUGGUAGUAGCAAGUUGAGUGAAAAGCAACUGGGGUCCCCUUCUCCCAUUGCUAAUCCUUCUGUAGAUUUGAACUCUUCGCCAAUGGAGAAUAUAAGUAGAAGCAUCAAGAGUUCAGGUGAUGAGCAGCUCCAGAAGGCAGGAGGGAGUUCAGUGAUAGUUGACACAAGUAAGACAAAUGAUCGUCAUAAACGUCCGAUCGUAUUGGCCCUUAAGUGCCCUAAAGUGCCAACCGAGCUUAAGAUGGGAAACGAGGGAAAUAAUGUAAACCCACGGAACAAGAAAUAUAUCCUCUCAACACCUUCGGGCAAUGCUGAUGGGUUAAUUUCUGAAGCCCAAAUGACGGCCCCAGCGGCUUUGCCACCAAAACCGUUAUUGGAAUCAAGGUUCACAUUUGAUCUGGAAUUCUUCAGAGCGCGGCUAAAUCAGAUGAACUCAAAAGCAAAAAAAGAUUUUGGGCAGCAAUCACUCUAAGAUCAAAGAAGCGGAAUUAUUUUGGGGGGUUUUGGGCCGCGGUUAUUCUAUGAACAUAGCAACAAACAUGGUAGUCUCACUAGCUUACUAAACAACAAAGAUGAAUAUCAGCAAGAAACAUCAGUAAUGCCUUCAAUAUACAGAAGUAACAAUAAUUAUCAACCUCCAUGGCAUUCAUCUUCUCCUCCCUCAUAUUCUAAUCUGCCUCUUUAGCUGUAGCGUAAAUGCCAACCUUUUGAUUGAAAAUCAUUCUAUUGUUUUUUGUGCACCAAUUUUUACAUCGCC